CGGUCCUUCUGGAUGUGCCUCGCAUCCACGCCGCCCGCGCGCUCAGGCGUGGUGGCCGGGAGGGCAACGCUGAUUUGAGCCCGGGACGGCUCCCGGGCGCGGCCUUGGUGGGUUGCGAUGGCAGCAGCAACAACCCACUCCUUGCGCAGAAGGCGCCUCUGAAGGCGGGGGCUCACCUGCUCCCCUUCUUUCUCAUCACCAUCCUCCUCCUCGGUCCUCCCCUCGCUCCGGCUGCAGCCCUGCGCGGACCCCCUCUUCUCCUGUUGCCCGAGGCAGGGGUCUUCCCUCACCCCCCCCCCACCUCCACCCCCACCCCGCCGGGCCGACGCCCCCCACUCUCUGGCGCGCGCCUGCGCGAGCGCCUCCCGCAGCCGCCUCCCGUUCCUUUCGCCUUCCGUCGGUGCGAGCGGCUCCGCUGGCAGCCGGCCCUGCGCCUGGCUCGAAGUUUAGCCGGCAGCUCCGGUUCUCCGAGAGCCCUGGUCGGAGCCGGAGGCAGGGGUGGAGGCGCAGGGCCAGCCGCUAGCCGCUUUCUUUUCCCCACAGUCGCCGCCGCCGUUGCUAUCUGAGAGCGCAGCAUGCUGAAAGUCACCAUGCCCUCUCCCUCCUCGUCUUCGUCGUCUGCCGCCUCGGGCCGGGCUCCGGGUGCUGCCGGCCCCGCCGCCGCCGCCGCGCUAGUGCCCGACUACUGGAUCGACGGCUCCAACCGGGACACCUUGGCCGAGUACUACGAGCUGGAGUCCGAGCUGGGACGGGGUGCUACAUCUAUUGUCUACAGAUGCAGGCAGAAAGGAACACAGAAACCCUAUGCUGUCAAGAUCUUGAAGAAAACUGCAUUGCCUGCUGAGGAGCUCUGUAUAACUCUAAAGAAGUUGUUCCAAGAACAGGUAGACAAGAAGAUUGUUCGAACAGAAAUAGGAGUUCUACUUCGCCUUUCACAUCCAAAUAUUAUAAAACUGAAGGAGAUAUUUGAAACUCCCACAGAAAUCAGCCUUGUCUUGGAGUUGGUCACUGGAGGAGAACUGUUUGACAGGAUUGUGGAAAAGGGGUAUUACAGUGAGCGAGAUGCUGCUGAUGCUGUGAAACAAAUCCUGGAAGCAGUUGCAUACCUACAUGCCAAUGGAAUUGUUCACCGUGAUUUGAAACCAGAAAAUCUACUAUAUGCAACACCAGCUCCAGAUGCACCUUUAAAAAUAGCGGAUUUUGGACUUUCCAAGAUUGUUGCAGAUCAAGUAACAAUGAAAACAGUCUGUGGAACUCCAGGGUACUGUGCACCAGAAAUUUUACGAGGUUGUGCCUAUGGCCCAGAAGUAGACAUGUGGUCUUUGGGGAUAAUCACCUACAUCCUUCUCUGUGGGUUUGAACCCUUCUAUGAUGAAAGAGGAGAUCAGUAUAUGUUCAAGAAGAUUCUAAACUGUGAAUACGAUUUUGUUUCCCCGUGGUGGGACGAUGUCUCUCUAAAUGCCAAGGAUUUGGUUAAGAAGUUAAUUGUGCUUGAUCCCAAGAAGCGUCUCAGUACAUUUCAAGCUUUACAGCAUCCUUGGGUCACUGGAAAGGCAGCUAAUUUUGCUCAUAUGGAUACAGCCCAAAAGAAGCUGCAAGAAUUCAAUGCUCGGCGUAAACUUAAGGCUGCAGUGAAAGCUGUUGUUGCAUCAACUCGUCUGGGAAGUGCAAGCUGUCAUGGCAGUCACGACAGCAAUAAGCCCAGCCAAAAUGAAUCUCCAAGUCAAGAAUGUGAUCUGGAGGAAAAAGUGGAAGAAAAAAUAGAAGCCACAAACUUCCCUGAACCUCAGAAAGUGGGCCUUCCACCAGCAGCAUCAGAAGAAGAAUCUUAGACCUUGGUCACUCUUACUUAGCCCUGAUCUGUAAUUUCAAAUCCAAGCCAAGGUACCAUUCAGCAAGAGAGAAUUAGAAGCAUGGCCCCUCUGGUGGCUUUGGUGUGAGAUGCAAAAUGCACCAGCUGGUGAUUUUAACCAAUGCAUGUGACUGCUUCUACAAAAAUUGUAAACAGUCUUUUAUUGGCAUGCCAUGGAUAAAGUGACGUUUACAGUUACACCACAAAUGAAAUGGAGAAGGUGGAGUGUGUAAUACUCCUUUUGAUCAAGUCAUAUAUGUCAUGUAGAGUGUUUAUUGCUAUCUGAAAUGAACAAUUAUAGCCUACAAAAAUAAGCAUUUCAUGGAGAUCACAAUAUGCUUCCUUUGAAACUCAUGAUCAGCCUCUAGUUCAAUGGGCUUAAGAUCCACCAAAUGUUUUUUAAAACUGUAUAUGAAACAUUUUACAUAUUCACUAGAGAUAAUUUGCAAACUGUUUACAACUGGGAACUUAAGAGAUGUAUAUGCAAAAACAUUCCACUGAUUCAAGACUGAAAGGUUUAUUCAGAUGGCUGUGAAAUUUAUGCGCUCCAGAAAAUGAUGUUAAGAAUGCCUUACUUUAUUGAUAACCAUUUCUAUAAUGUUUGAUGACAAACAAAACAUCUCUUGGACUUUUGCCAUUUCAACAUCUAGUAAGGCUAAUUUAUUACACAAUCAGAGAAGAUAGGUGCAGCUUUUUAAGAUACAGUUGUAAUUAAUCAUGACUAUAAAACUGUGCAGCUGUUUAUAUAGUUGGGAAUUAGCAGCCUGCAAUUAUAGAACUGUUCCAGAAAAAAACUAUCCUACAGAAUAAUGGAAGAGCACAUAGAACACUUAAUGGGAUGGCAACAAAUGCAUCCAUGACCAGAGGUAAAGGGGACUGAUGUCUGUCAAAAUGGAUUUCACCAGUUGAGACAGAAAGAAGGAGACUUAGGCAUCUGUACCAAAAAUAAAAGUGUUACAAUCUUUA